GUCUCCGGGCGUAGAGAUGAUGGGCUUCCCGUAACUGGAGGUGGAGGGGAGAGGCGGGGGGUGGGGGUAGCGAGAAAAGAGGAGGGGUGGGUUGAAAAAAAAAAGCACGAAGAGAAACAAAAGCACAGUUGUGGGUGCCUGAAACCAUGCGAGAUUUGCACUAUUCUCAAAGACCGCUGCUCUAUCCGUGGACCAUGUCGUGAGGUGUGGCUCCAGCGCUCGGGAUACUGCCAAUAGAUACGCCUGGGAGCGGGGCAAAAGAUGUCCGCCUCGGUAGGGCCCCAAAGUGGCCUUCGCCCACCCACCGUGCCGGCUCCCAUGCCUGAUAUGCCGGACUUGAGUCACCUCACGGAGGAGGAAAGGAAAACCAUCAUGGCAGUGAUGGUUCGGCAAAGGGAGGAAGAGGAGAAGGAACAAGCCAUGCUAAAGACACUGCACCAGCAGUUUGAGAGUUAUAAGGAGCAGGUGAGGAAGAUUGGGGCAGAAACGAAACGACAGCAGGCUGUCCAUAAAGAUGAUGCACCUACUUGUGGCAUCUGCCGUAAGACCAAGUUUGCAGAUGGCUGUGGGCAUCUGUGUUCCUACUGCCAGACCAAGUUCUGCGCCCGCUGUGGGGGAAGAGUGUCGCUGCGCUCAAAUAACGUGAUGUGGGUAUGUAACCUGUGCAGGAAACAGCAGGAAAUCCUAACUAAAUCAGGAGAAUGGUUUUCAUCAGGGCCUGGGGGGAGGCCUCUUAGUGUGGGCGCUCCCCUCAGUGUCCCUGAGUUGGAGAAGGACAGGAAGUUGCGCUCCAGAUCACAGGCUCCGGUUGCUAACGACACUCUGCCACACAGAGCUGGUGCUGGUGACCCCACCAAGGGAGCAGAUACGAUGCUCGCUUCACGCUCCCGCAGUGAACCACCACGAGUCAAGAAGAGACCAGUGUCCCUGCACGAGCAGAAUGGAAAGGUGAUGGGACGUGGAGAGAGAAGGCGAGGCCCAGGCCGGUUGUCAUCACAAGCCUCUGAAGACCGAGCUCCAGGUGAGAAGCGUGACAGCAGACGAUUGGAGAAAGGCCACUCGCAGGAAUAUCCCGAAGAUGAGCCCACCCAUCCCGAGCGGCGAAGGAGACAGGAAGAGGAAGAGCGAGAGCGGCAAAGACGAGAGGAGGAGUAUCAGACUCGGUACCGCAGUGACCCGAACCUCGCACGCUACCCUGUCAAACCGCAGAAGGAGGAACAGGAAAUGCGUAUGCAUGCCAAAGUGUCCAAAAUGCGUCAGGAGCGUCAUCACAGCGACCUAGCCAUCAACGAAGUUGGAUUAAUGCAAGAUGGGGGUGAGGCGGCUGGAAAUCGCAUGAGCAGGCAACGAGUGGCUAACAACGAAGACCGCAAGGCCCUUAUAGAAAACCAUCGAGCUUAUUCUGUGGACAGGACCGUGGGGGGUGGCAUUGGGGGACAAGGAUCCCUCGCUAAACAGGGCCACGGUGGCCCUCAAGUGGGCCCUACUGGGCCCCCAGACCUCAGGGAUGGACAGGACUGGGGCCCAAAGGGGCAUCUGGAACCUGGGUCCGCAGCUUUUCUUCACAGGGCUAAGCGGGAAAAGGCUGCAGAAAUCAUGCGUAAAGAUUCUUCUCUUAGCUCGGACCAAUCUGAGUCAUUACGGCCACCUCCACCUAGAGCCUAUAGACCCAAACGAGGCCUCAACAAAAGGCAGAUGUCCAUCAGUAGCUCGGAAGAAGAGGGCGGCUCCACGCCUGAAUACACCAGCUGUGAGGACGUGGAGAUCGAAAGUGUUAGUGAAAAAGGUGACUGGGACUGUCAUCCUCUGGACCCAACUGUGUGGCAUCAUCCAGUGAGCUGGCAGCCAUCCAAAGAGGGAGAUCAUUUGAUUGGCCGGAUCACUCUAAGUAAGCGCUCCACCAUGCCACGAGAAGCCGGAUCCCUGCUGGGUCUGAAGGUGGUUGGUGGAAAAAUGACAGAGUCAGGGAGACUGGGGGCCUUUAUCACCAAAGUAAAGAAAGGAAGUUUGGCUGACAUUGUAGGCCAUUUACGAGCAGCUCAUUAUUCAGUCAGUCUGUCUAUGCAGGACGCUGCCAAGUGCUAA